AUGCACCACCAGAAACAAAGUAUGUUGCCUCCACGUGCAGCACCUCAUCAAGAGCCCAACGAAGUGUCGAUGGCCAUUCAAUCAACGAUACCCAAUCUACCACGUAUCGAAGUCGCUCGAGUGUCACGUCGAGCAUCGACAAAGUACCAUCAGUCAUUAUCGUUAUCGCCAUCCUCCGGAGUCAAGAAGAAAAGUGCUUGCAGAAAAAAGACGCAACUCGACCUUGAGAGGGAUCGGCUCCAGAGAUGGCGACGCAAUUUCUGCCUCAAACACCCCCACUUCCCCUCAGUCGAGCUGCACGGCAAGUACGUGCUCUCCUCAGCCAUGACAAUGUGCAGCGAGAUCCUCGAGGAGCUCCUGUCAAAGGAGAACGUGAGGUACGCCUGGCCCUUCUAUGGGCCCCUAAGGAUGCUCAAUCGGAAACUCCCCUCCAACCACCCAUCUGUGACCAACCCCGUGAAUCUCCUGAGUAUAAAAUCGAAUUUCGAGCGUGGCUCCUACGAGUCUUCCGCGGAUUAUAUCCGCGACAUGAGACGCAUGUUCACCAACUGCUACAGGUGCCACGCGGACGCGACGGAGAUCGUUAAGAGAGCCCAGUGCCUCCAGAGCAUCUUCGAACUCAAAAUCGCUGGCCUCCCCGAUGACUCGGUAGAGGUAGACUUGACGAGCAAGUCCAACAAGUACUGGGUCAAGGUGUUGAACGCGGUGUCCCGACGUUACAAAGAGUUUAAUGACAAGGUGCGCGAGUUCGAGGAUCAGUACUGCAACGAUCGAGACACCAGUACGAGCAGUAGUGACAGCAGUGAUAGCAGCGACAGUAGCGAAAGCAGUAGCAGUGACACAGAAACUAACGACCCAGAGCAGUGGAGAAUGGAGGGCGCGACAUACACCCGGACCUCUGUGGCAGGCACGGGAUCACUCGAGAAGUUGCCGUCGACCCAGUUGGCCCCAUCCUACAUCGGUUUUGAUUACUUGCCGAUCUUACCGCCACCACGACCGAUCUCUCCGCUUUUCGACUAUGUUGAUUCCUUUGGCUAUCCGUACCCCAUGGAGCUAGCCAGUUACACUCAUCCUUCAUCGCAGCAUCCGGCAUCUGGUACGCAGCCGUCCAACAACUACUAUAACUGGCCUUCGGGCAACUGA